GUGAUAUAAUAAGAAUUCUAAGUAUUUAAUUACUUCUUGAAUACUUAUCAUUUACUUAGUUUGUGUAUCAGUCGAAAUUGGGGGAUGAAACUGCGUGUGAUAAACUUACUGAGCAUAUCUGUCCCACUCCCGCGUGUAAACAAGUUGUUUUGCACCUUACUAAGUACGAGAGUUCUCCAAAGGGAAAUAACUCGGACAUAUCUCGAAACCGGCGUAUUCACGCAGUUUUACCUGUUUGUCGCCGAAAUCUUUCAAUCGGCGUAAAUCACAAUCAGUGAAAACGAAAUUCUGCUUUAAGCAUUUCUUCAUAAUUUUAGGGGAAAUCCCCACUGUAGAAAGAUUUUUCAAAAGGAAAUCAGAAUACCCGUGCCGGAAUGUACUUAAAAUUCCAGAACGGCCAUACCGGUUGCAGUAGCUCAGUGGAAUAGUGUUCGCUUCGUAAUCGGGAGGUCGUGAGUUCGAGCACCGCUCGUGCCGUGGCUGCGUCAAGCCUAAGACGAAAUCACAGGUAGCGAUUGUUCCUUCGCCAAGCGCUCUGCAUUUAAAAGUGAGAAUCGCGGGUCUUUGGGAUGUGACCUUAAAACGGGGGUCCCAUGUCGCAGCAUGCAUUGGCACGAUAAAGAAUCCUCAUUGCCACGGCCCUGAGCGCUAAGAGCAUGUCAAAACUUGUGUUACCUCUGCAGUUGGCGACGUCUCAAUAUGAGUGAAAAUUCUCGACAGGACGUAACACAAACAUACAAUCAGAAUGGUCAUCUUUGCAGACAUAUUCACAUGUCUCUAUGUUGUUUUUUCAGGUUGUACCCCCAGUGUAACCGAUGGCUUAAUCCGUUUACGUGCUUCUUCCGUUCGACGUGUUUCUACGGACGCCUACAUGCUGACUCUGCCCAGUAAAAACAUUAAAUCACCACCACUCCCAGAUGGGUUCAUAGUAACUAGUGUAAAGGAGCAUCACCUAGACACAAUGGUGGAAGAGUGGCAGCAUUCUGGAGUGUUCGAUGAUACUAAGAAAUGGAUAGCCGAGGUAACCCGACAUUCCCCAAGUGUCUGUAUAGAGAACAAACAGGGAGACCCCGUGGCCUGGGCUAUACAACACGAAUAUGGAUGCAUUGGAAUGUUACAAGUAGUUCCUAAGUAUCAGAGAGCCAAAUUAGGAAGUGUUGUGACAAUGUUAAUGGCACAAAAAAUACACAACAAGGGAGACUACUUAUAUUCUUCUGUUGCCGUUGAUAAUCACGUUUCGCUUGCCUUCCAUGAAAAGAACAGUUUUGAAUAUUUGUCAGGUAUUAUGACAGCCUAUGUAAACUAUGAAUUUCCCAAAGCACGUCAGACUAUAUAACUACAUAUGGAAUAAUUUGAAAAUGCCAUGUGAAACAUUGAAGACCAUGAACGUUUUCACAUUAUUUACGUAAAACAAAAAAAUCAAAAUAUUACAUUUCACGUGAAAUUCAUGCACGAAUCUCUUAAAGUGAAAUUCAUGUGAACCACUUUUCGCAUGAUUUUGCUGUUCACGUGAAAUUCAUGCGAGCAUUUUAACGUGAAUUUCACGUGAAUUGCUGUUCACGUGAAAUUCCUGUCAAUAUUGUGAUGUAAAUUCACAUGAAUCAAUUUUCACGUAAAACUUACAUGAAAUUUACGUGAAUUUCACGUGAAAGAUUCAAGUGAAUUUCAUAUGAACAGCAAUUCACGUGAAAUUCGCAUGAGGCACAGUUUGGACGCAUCAAAUGAAGGAAGAUUUUGCUGUGCUUACGUGGGAUUUUCCAUUAUUUGAUCAAACAACAAUGUAAAUCGGUCAUUAAUACAUGAAUUGCACCAAUAAAAUAUGUACAUUUAAUUUUGAUUUGAAAGUUUUCAAUUUCGUGUAAUGUUUUCCCAUUGAACUUUUAAGUAAAGAUUGUGAAUAAUGCAGAAAU